GGCUUAUUUUGGAAACUUCCGUCUGCUUGCAGAGCUCUCCACUCCUUUUGUCAAUCAGCGAAACUUGAUCUAAAAAGGCCCCGUGUGCGGAAGCCAUGGGUUUGUCUGCGUCCUCCCCGGCUGCUGCAGGUCAGUCACCGAAUGCAUCCAAGCAACAUCAGGUGGCAUCUCCACCUUCAGAAUGUCCUAUGCAUCAGGAAAAAAUGAGCGGUUGUCCAAUGCACAUGAAGACUCCUGAUCAUAGAACUGAGAACACAGAUGAUGUUCCCGCACAUCAAGAAAGAGCAUAUGAAUUUGUAGCAUGUCCAGUGAAGUCUGGUGCAUCUCAAGUGAAAGAUGACAUAGAUCCUAGCAAUAUGAUGCCUCCUCCUAAUCAGCAGCCAUCUCCCGGUCAACCGUUUCCAUUGUCAACUGUUAGAGAAGAAUCUUCCAUUCCUAGAGCACAUUCUGACAAGAAAUGGGUCUACCCUUCAGAGCAGAUGUUCUGGAAUGCUAUGCUAAGAAAAGGGUGGAGGUGGAAAGAUGAUGACAUAACAGGUGAAGAUAUGACCAACAUUAUUAAGAUUCACAACCAAAAUAAUGAGCAAGCUUGGAAGGAGAUUCUGAAGUGGGAAGCUCUUCAUGCUGUGGAAUGUCCAUGUGGACCAUCACUGAUGCGAUUUGGAGGCAAAGCAAAGGAGUAUUCACCAAGAGCCAGAAUACGUUCAUGGAUGGGAUAUGAACUUCCCUUUGACAGACAUGAUUGGAUUGUUGACCGAUGUGGAAAAGAAGUGCGAUACGUUAUUGAUUACUAUGAUGGUGGAGCAGUAGAUAAGAACUACCAGUUCACUAUCCUGGAUGUUCGCCCUGCGUUCGACUCUCUCUCGGCUGUAUGGGACAGAAUGAAGGUAGCUUGGUGGCGGUGGACUUCGUAACUACUCCUGUGGUGUGUAGUCAAAAAGUAAACCACUUUCCUCCUAGACUGAGGAUAAGUGAAUACUAGGACUUGAAAUAGAGGUUCACUGCAACUGUCAUUAUUUUCAUCAUCACCACUGUUCUUUGGGGGUGGGAAGGGAGGAUGGGGAAAUCCGUUGUUAAGUACACCGAUGCUUUAUGGUGUUGUGAGUGAAAUAAUAAAGUUAUAGUAGCAAAAACAUGUAUCUUAAUUUUAUUAAGAGCUGGGAAAUCUUUUCUUACUUUGUCGCAGAUUCUGCGUAAGCUUGCCACCUUUUUAUUUCAUGACUCCAGUGCUGCACCAAAUACAUUAGGUUUCUGAUUCUGACUGGAGUUUUGAGUAUUAAAUAGUGAAAACUGGAAAUUUCAUAAAUGAUUUCACGUAGUUACAGUAUUUGGAUACUCAGAUGAUGAAUAAAGGGUAAAAGAUCUGGACUGUUUCAAACUGCAUGUUUCAUUAACUAUAUAAACAAUACACAUGGGCACUUUGUUUUCACAUGGGCACUUUACCUGUUCAAAUACAUGCUUCCUCAGAAAACUUUAGUCAAAUUUAUUGUGUUAAAGGACGUAUAGUGUAGUAUGAGUAUUUUUAAAGGUAUAUUAAGUUGAAAAGGAGAAUAUACUCAUGCCUUAAUCUGUAAUUUAUCUUUGAACCAGAACAACAUCUGUUAGAAGCAGGAAAUCAGUGUCAGUUACUUUUAAAACAACGUUUCUAAAAGGAGAUAAAACUGAUUUUUAAUCGCUAUUUAUUUGAGUAUUUAAAAGGUUUGUUUUCUGAUGUAAGAAAACUGUAUUCUUUUAGUACUUUCAUGUCUUUAAUGUGUGUCUCAUGUAAUGCAUUUUGGACAGAAUUAAGCCUCAUUUAAAGAAACUGUCGUGCAGUCUACGGUAGCAUAACCUUUUUUUUAUAUAAUACGAAAUCGCACAAGAGUGUAUGACUACACAGUCAUAAAUGUUUCUGGAUAGUGAUUAUAGUGAGGCAUAUUAACAGAUGUGUAUAUAACUUGGCUAAAAGGGUAUCAAAAGUGCUAAGAAAUAAGGUUGAUUUGAGUGUUUUCUAGGAGUGAUGCAUGUUAAUGCUGUGUGGCUUAAAGAUUUGAUUAAUGUAUGUGCUUAAUAAGGGAAACUAACUUUUUUUUUUUUAAGUCUUCCACUGUAAUAGCUUUAAAUUUGCAUGGCUUGGUAAAUUACAGGUGCCACAUACCCCUAAAUUUAAAUUAUUCCUCCCUUUCAGCAUAUAUUACUCUUGAGAAUUAGUCUUCCAUGUAAAACACUUGGGAAGGAAAGGAGUAAGAGAGUGUCACAUUGUAGCUUCUUGAAUGGGAGAAGCUUACUUUGUGAAACUUCACAACCUUAACUGGGAACCAGCUGUACAUUCAUUUUAUGAAAGUGGUUAUUUUUAACUGACAUUGGAAGCUUUUUUUUUCUUUUUUUUUCCCUGAGGGGAAGGCCCCUCUAUGUUUCAGUCAAGUAACUUCCCAUUUAGGAAAAAAUUAUUCAGGGAAGCUUCCAUACUUUAAUGGAGAUGAAUGGUUCCCACUUCAGAGGCAACUGUCCUGCAUGGUAGGAAUAAAUAUUACCCAGAAGUCCACAGUCUUAAAAGAAAACCAUGCUCUUACCCCCAUCCACUUUCCUCAUUCCUUUUUCACCUUUUUAGUGAUUCAUAUAUAUAAAUGAAAAAUAGUUUGGGGGGAAAAAAAAAUCUCCAUCUGCGUAGGCAAUGUAUGUAUGAGAUAUGAGAAGUGCAUGAGCUUGUAUGAAGCAUAUCUGAUAAUGAAAGAGCUGCUCCUCUCUGUUCUACAGUAAAGACGGAGGCUUACUGCUUUUUGGGGUGGGUUUUUUUUGUUUGGUUCAUUUAUGUAUACAUUUGGUAACUUGAUAUAUGCAGAAUUCUGUGUUUCUCACAACUAAAUAUGGAAAAGGUACAUCAAUGUAGGGAGUGCUUCAGAAGCUUCAAAAGAGCAAGUUUGCUUUGUUGAUUUUGGAAGUGUGAUGUUGAGUGCAUUAUGGAAACUGUAAUUGCUGCUAAAUCUGGUGAAAGGUGUCACAUGCCACUUCAUGCAUUUACCAUCUUGUUAUGUUCCAUCUCACAUAGAUUCAAGUUGUUCUUUUCUGUGCUACUGUUAAUGAAAUGUACUACUUUGUCAUCAAACAAAAGGGAGAAUCAAAUAAAUACACUUU